AUGCCUCCAAAAAAGAAUACCAUAAGCAACAACAUGACUUCCCAAGACGGGCCAAACCAUGGUGAUUCGAAAUCAAGGCAAAAUGUCUCAUAUAGAGAAGAAGAACGUGCAAAUGAGGGAGCUUUCACCCUCACAGACCUUGUUGUAGUCAUCCAUUCUAUGGGAGAGACUCAGAGGGAAAUGGCAAAAAUGAUCAAGGAGCUAAAAAGCUCAGUUGCUAAGCCAAGCAAAGAAAACGAGAAACUUCCACAAGAGGAGUCUGCUGCUGCCGAAAACGGUCGGAGCCAGAAGGAUUGGAAGUACCUUCCUCAACCGCCGUAUCCAUCAAGCUUACUCCAGCAGCCAUAUCCUAAAGGCUACGAAGCACCAAGCUUUGUCCUCUUCGACGGAAGGAAAGGAAGCCCGAAGGAGCAUGUCAACCGUUUCAUUGAUGCCUUGGGACCACAUGCUGGUGAUUAUAAUUUUCGGCUUCGAGAAUUUUCGAAAAGCCUUACCGAUCGUGCUUACACAUGGUAUAUGACGUUGACACCAGGCUCUGUUUUCUCUUGGGAAGAUUUGGCAAGCAGGUUCUAUAAGAAGUAUUUCCAGCAUGAAGAUAGAGUUACCACCACUCAACUUAACAACACUCACCAAAAACAUGGCGAGGAGCCCGUGGAAUUUGUGCGCAGAGAAUAUUGGCAUCAGUCAAUUUUCUCGGCUGCUGGAAGUAGUGAGGAAGACGAGCAUGUCCGUCAAGCCAACGGGAUAGAGGACUUGGAGGAGCGAGAAGAAGGAGAUGCACCAAGUGUUAGCUAUAGAUGA